UGAACUCGUGCGGGAGGAGUUUGAGAAAAAUGAAUUUUCAGAGUGAUUCGUUUGAGAACAUGGAGUUUCAAAUUAAGGAGGAACCACUUUCCGAUUACUGCGAAAUGUUGAGUCCAUUGCCAGCGAGGAGGAAAUCCAGGAAUACUGUAAAGGACAAACGAGGACAUUGCGGUAAGAAGAUCAUUGAACCAAAGUACAGCACCUCUGAAGCUUCAAGCAGUUACUCACAGACCCAAGGAGUGGGGAGGGGCAGUCAUAAAGUGAUGGCUGCCACAACUUUGGGAGCAGUUGUAACGCAACCAGCUUCACCGCCACCCGCCACAAUCACUGUUGUUUCGACAAAUCCGCCACAACUCAUAGUGCAGCAAUCCGUGUCCAAGUCUCCCUCUCCUGAAACAGGCAUAACCAUUUCAGCUGUCACUACUCACCAGAAUGCUCUACAACCUAAUGGUCAGAGUGAAAACAUUCUUGGUAGUCCGGCAGACGAAUCAGGCGAUUCUGCAGGGGCUGAUGGCGGUGGAGAUCAAACUAGUGGACAAGAUGAAGGAACUACCAUAGUUGAUUCUACUCACUUCAUCACAGUCUCAGACGGACACCCUGCCAGAUCUUAUACUGCUUUAACUCCUGUCAACCCUGUUGCUUCCGAGGGUCAGUCAGUUGAAGCAGAUUCUGUUCAACAUCCAACUUACAUUCAAUAUGUGGAAGGGACACCUGAUCAGACAAUUUACACCACAACCAAUGGACAAAUGGCGUAUCCUGUCUACACUGUUGGUGAAGGAGGAACUGCUAUGUUCACACCAGCAAGCGGUCAAUAUUACACUGCUGGGAAUUCAACUCCUGUCACGUAUACUCAGGUUCCGACUAAUAUAACACAAAAUGCUGGACAAACACAAAUUUUAACUAAUGGAGGCACUUAUUUGAUUCAGCAAAGUGUAGACAAUGAGCACACAAUUGUAACUCGACAAAGCCCCCAAACCGUUGCUGCUGAUGUGACGUACCUCGUGAACUCAAGCUCUGCAAGUGGCUCUGCGUCAAAUACUAACGAUGCCUCUAAUAACGGCUCUAAUGGCUCGGCUUCUGCUCAGAUGAAUAUUGUUGAUGUUGAUACUCAGUCUAACUUGGUGCAUGCAACCAGAGUCUCUCCUGCUACAGUACAGUGGCUUUUAGAAAAUUAUGAAACAGCUGAAGGUGUCUCUUUACCGCGUAGCACACUUUAUUAUCACUAUUUACGACACUGCAAUGAGCAUAAGUUGGAUCCAGUUAAUGCGGCAUCAUUUGGGAAACUCAUCAGAUCUGUUUUUCUUGGACUCAGAACACGAAGGUUAGGUACAAGAGGGAAUUCGAAGUAUCACUACUACGGUAUUCGUAUCAAACCCAGUUCCCCUCUGAACUCGAUUUUAGUUCCAUUGGAAGAAGGUAGUAGUCCUGUGAGUCGGAGUGGUGCUUCGAAGAGAUAUAAGUUUAUGAAAAACGAUGGAAAUGCAGGUAGUGGCGGAGUUAAUGGAGGAGGAGCAGGUGGUGGAGGUGGUGGUGGGGGAGCUGGAGCGAAUGAAUCAUUCUCAAGUGAUCAGAAUAACUCCUCAAAUCAUGCCUUUACUCCUCAGUCUCAGAAUCAUCAAUAUCUUGGUGAUGGUUCUAGUGCUGUGCCUGAUUUCCCAGAGAUCGAGCUCAGUCCAGGAGUGGAGCUCCCUGAAGAUUGCACCUUGGAAGAUGUAGAUACACUGAGAAGCAUUUAUAGGGAACACUGUGAGGCUUUUUUAGAUGCUGUGGUAAACUUAGAAUUCGUUACUGUUGAAUCCGUAUGGAGAGAGUUUUGGCGAAGUCAGGAUAAUAAUAAUGGAGAUGAAUGCGAAGAAGAAAAAUAUUUGCCGAAAACCAAACUUUAUUUGUUGUGUAAAUACCCUCCGGUUCAAGAGUUUGUUCGCCGUGUCGAUUAUCUAUUCUACCAGAACCUAGUCCAAGUGCUGAUACCAGAUGUUCUGAGGCCUAUACCAAGUUCUCUUACUCAGUCAAUUCGUAAUUUUGCUAAAGGCCUUGAAUCUUGGUUAACAUGUGCAAUGCAAGGGUGCCCUCCUGAAAUUGUUGAGUUAAAGGUUGCUGCAGUUAGCGCUUUUGCUCAGACCUUGCGAAGAUACACUUCUCUCAAUCAUCUAGCGCAAGCAGCUCGUGCAGUUCUUCAGAACUCAACACAAAUAAAUCAAAUGCUCACAGAUCUCAAUCGAGUAGAUUUUCACAACGUACAAGAACAGGCAUCCUGGGUCUGUCAGUGUGACAACAGCCUCGUUCAGCGCCUGGAAGCAGACUUCAAACUAACAUUGCAGCAGCAGAACUCCCUUGAAGAGUGGGCAAGUUGGCUGAAUAGGGUUGUGACAACCGUGCUCAAACCGUUCGAAGGGAAGCCCAAUUUCAGCAAAGCUGCACGACAGUUCCUCCUCAAGUGGUCUUUUUACAGCUCCAUGGUCAUCCGUGACCUCACUCUCCGCAGUGCUGCCAGUUUUGGUUCAUUUCAUUUGAUAAGACUGCUCUAUGAUGAGUACAUGUUUUACCUGAUCGAACAUAGAGUUGCAGUUGCCACAGGACAGACUCCCAUCGCUGUCAUGGGAGAGAAGUGCACUGAAGUGGACUUCGCUGUGAAUAGUUUCCCAUGCAAUGGCAAUGUUUCCCUACCAGAAGAAACAACAACAAUUCUAGUCACAGGCAAUGAAAUCCACAUUCCAGGAAAUCCUCCAAAGCGUUUGAAAAUUAGCUAACAACCAAUCCUCUCGAGUGGUCCAACCGAUUGAAAUGAGAUUGCCACUAGACACUAACUCUUCAAUUACAACCAAUGCUCUAUCAUUAGGGUGGCUUGCAAGUGCACUGGACUUUUUGUUAUUUAUUUAGCAUUUAUUUAUUUAUCAUGUAUGUAAAUAUUUUAAUUCUCUUUUUGUAACAUCUUCAAAGAUAAUCUAUGUUUGGUAGGGUUUAUAUUUAUGUUACUUGAGAUUAUUUUUCUAGUUGUUCCCUCUUUAAUUUUCCAGCACCCUCUGGCUUUUCCCCCUGUAGCUAUUAUUCAGUAGCUAAUUUGUAAAUUUUUAUUAAGCUUGUAUUUGAAUGUUCUAGUCUGAUGCUUUGCUCUUUUAGUGUUAACUUAAUCUCAUUUUACUUUUCCGUGGAUCAUGGAAAAUCAAGCAUCUCAAUUGGUUUGUCAGUUUUCAAAAAAUUCGUUAAGCUCUAUUAGUUCUAUUUCCAAUCUAUUUGUCUUUAAAAAGUCUCUCAGUGGUUUUGGACCGAUACUCAUGUUUUUUCUUGUUAAUUUGACAAAUAUAGUGUAAGACAAAUGAAUUAGUUCAUAGCAUAUCACUAUGAAGUCUCGUACAUUAUUCUCUUCCUUGAUGUUAAUGACAGUGUAGGUAGAUAGUCUCCAGAGCUCAAACAGUUAAUUUUUCACAUUAAAUGCAGAUGGACAAUUCUCUUCUAGGAUCUCUUUUUAGUUGUAAAAUGUUGGAUAGAUAAUACUGAUUCUUAUGCUCAUGGUGUAUGGAAUUUAUUUCCAUCAGUAUUCAAUUUUCGAUUUUAACAGGAAAGUUCGGAACGAGAAAAACGGUAGCCCUUUGUUAAGAAAAUAUUCUCUCCUACAAGAAGAGGAAGUGCAACUAAUUGCGUAUUAUUUCACUUAAGGAGAAAAGUCUGAAGAGUUCAGCACAAGCCAGGGUCCAUAACCAAUCAAACUUACUUUUUUAUUUCUCUCAAAAGUGAUUUUUUCUUUUUUCAUUUUUUUUUUCCAAAAUUGGAGAGAACUUUAAUUUUACUAACCUUGCAGCUCUGUUAAUUCAUCAUUUGGUGGAAUCCCUGAUUUUAGAGAGAUCUCCGGUAUCUCUUUUCUGUUUUUAAUAUUACAAGUCCCCCGGCAGAAUGCUUAAUUUUCAGAGAGAUGUAAAUUCCUUCUUUUCUACUUUUUUUUAUUCCAAAUGUAGUAUUGAAUUAGUGUAAGAAAAAUAUCUCUAUACCUCAGUUCCCUUGUAGUUGGCACGCAGUUGUAAUAUUCUCUUACAAAAUAUGUAUCCAGUCGAGCUUACCUCUGGGCCUUCGGUAAAUUUAAGCUCCUGUAUAUGUUUAUACUUGGAGCUCAGUAGAUUAAAUGUUGAAAUUUUAAAUGAUUAGUCUUUCAAUCGUUUACUGUCCAAUUUAUUCUUUCAAAAUUUUACAUCAGUAUUUUUACUAAUCAAGGUUGAUUAAUGAUGAUCUGUGGUCACAAAAUUUUCAGUUCAUUUUCUGCCGUCAGCAGAGUUAUUCCAUGUUGUUGAAAGCUGGUUGAGACACUAACUGGGUUAGUAAUGAACUUGAGGCAAGAACAAAAACUUUCAAUUUGGAAACUGCAAAAUGAGCGUUUUUUCACCAGCGGAUUUAAAUGAUCAUAGAAUUUUCCAUUAGUAUUGUAACUAAAUUUGAAAUUUGAGUAAUGUAUGUUAAACUGCUGCAACUUAAGUUAAAACUGCUCUCUGAGAAACUCAAUAGUAUGUAUGCAUGUUUAUAGACUGUGCAUGCUAAAUCUACAGUACUGACUCUACAUUACUGGAUAUUUUAAAUUUUAAUUUAUCAGACUGUUGAAGAAUUCAUAUCAGUUUUUUUAACUCAUCUUUUUCUAUCACAACCUUUUUGUAUUGUCUUUUCAUUAAAUAUUUGCUCUUUGAGAUGAAGAACUCGAUUUUCUUUGAGCAUUCGACACCGAGAGAAUGUUAUGAAUCUAUCUUCAUGAUUGCUUAGCUCCAAAAAGCCAUCCAUAGUUUACCUUUAUGGCAGGACUCAAACUGCAAUAAUCUUGAGUGAAAAUCAUUUUAAAAAAAGAAAUCUAUCAUUAUUAAAGUCAUCACUCUACAAAUUUGUUAAUUUAUAGAAAUUUUGGUAAAAUGAGUUUUAUAAUAAUGUUUUGAAUUCUAUGAAAGCAUUAUGUUGCCCAGGAGGCAUUUUUAGUUUGAAAAAUGCGUUGUAUCUAGAUCUCCCUGCACAAAAUUAUUUUAACCUAAUUGCAGGUAGGUAUGAAAUUAUUUAUCAGUGAAACAUCGUUUUGGAUGAUAUGUACACUGAAAUGAAAGCUUCUUAUUUUUGCCUUAGAAACAAUUAAGUGCAAUUGCAAAGCUCGUAGAGCAGAGUGGAAUAAACACUUUUGUCAUUCAAAGUGCAGAGAAAGUAAAAGAUUUACGCUACCACGACACUGUUUCAUGGAUAUUCAAUCCAAGGAAGGAUCACUUUACUACCAAGUGCGGUGUUGUUGUAUGCUGAUGCGCAUGAGUGCAUGAGUGUUACUUGGAGCAGAGAGCUUUUCUGUAUGUAGAGAAUGUAGAUCAUUAUCAAUUGUGCCCCCUCAGCUUUGACUGAAACGUAAUAACCUUACCCAAUGGAAUAUAUCUGAGAGCAGUUUUGAGAAAAGAGUGCAGUGAUGUUCUUUUAUAAAAAUCAAGCAUUUUGGAUCUCUGUCUAUUUAGCAUGUGUUUACCUAUCAUCCCUGCGUUUUCCAAAAAAUUUGGAAAUGACUUGUGCUCUCGUUAAUGUGCAUAAAUUUUGUUAAUAAAUCUGGAGUUGUGGUAAUUUAGUGCUUAAAUUCAAAGUUAUUACUAUACAUGUUUUUAGUCCUCCCUAAUAUGUGUUUAUCAAUGAAAAAAACCAGUGUAUAUUUAUUUUUCUACUGUUGUCAAGUAUGUACCUAUUUAGUCAAAAUAUUUCCUGAAAUUUGUCCCACUUAUUUUCUACAAUAUUUUUUUAAAUAGAAAUUUUCUACAUUUUUAAAGUGUAAGUAUAUGUAUAGUACAAGUGAACCAAUAAUUAAUUAUCCACAUAAAUUACACAGAGUUAUAAUAGAACAUAUGGAGUUCGUGUGACCUCGGUGAGUGUAUGAUAUUGAAAAUGGUCCUCAAGGCCCUAAAAGUGCUCAAUUUUUUGAAAAUUGCUUAAAUUUUUCUCUUCACUCGUUUUUAUCAGUAAAUGUUCGUUGUCAAGGAAUAAAGAGGCAUUUGAUGUUAAUUAAACGGUUUGGAAGAUGCUAUAAUUGUAAAUUCCCUCUUUCAGACUGCAAGUCCUCACAUCAACAGAACUUACCGCGUCAGAAUGUCUCAAACCAAUGAAUUGGACAAAAUUCUCAUUAUUAAAAAUUAUAAUGCAGGGAAAAAUUUUUGCGCUGAAGAAGAAGUUACAAUAAAGGUCUUGGACAGUCCAUAAAAAUUCUUCAAAAAAAGCUUGACCUUUUUUCUUGCAACUGCAUGAGCCAUGUUUCGUCGCGUAUUGACCAAGUAACUCCAAAAGGUAGUCCUGUAUUUGCAAAAUGUUGGUCCUUGCUUUGGCACAGAAAUGUGGUAUAAUCAAACAGUAUAAGUAAUCGAGUAAGUAAAAAAAAGAAAACAUCGCAUCAAAGUCCCAAGUUUUUGUGGGUGAUGAUGGCUCUUAAGUGAAAGUAGCAGUCAGGAAUCUUUUAUGACUCUAUGUAAUUUAUAGUUUCAAAUUGUGAGAAUAUAUUCAGUGAAAUAGAAUCAUGAUUUUAGUUAAGAUCAAUGAGAGUAGGUUGAUAAACCUCUUGAGGCUUUCAAAUUUUCCUCUUAAGUUCUAUGAAAGUUCGUUCUCUGGGAAAGAGGUGUUUUUUCCCUCACAUGAUAUGUGAACCUUAAUCAAUUCACAAGCGUCGACACCAUAUUUUCAAAUUAGCUUUUUUAAAGAUAUAUUUAACGACGAUACUGGACAUCUAAAA